AUGCAUAAAUUAAAUUCAAACAUAGUAUCGAAUAAUAAUUAAGAACCCUUAAUAAAGCUUGACAUCAACGGAAAUGAAAUCAAAGAUGGUUGGGAAGUCAUACCAUUAAGUAAUUUUGGCAAAGGUACUUAUAUAUUUUUGGGCAGUUAGCUCUGCAGACUAAAUUAAGAGCAUAUCUAUAUGGGAAAAUCUACAAUGAUCAGAUAUAAAGGUUUCAAUGUUCACACAGGAAAAAAUGUUAUUGAUAAAAUAGAUGUGAAAUAUGAUAUUAUACACGUACCAAUCAUUAAGAAGAAAAUCUAUUAAGUGAUUGAUAUUAUCAAGGAAGGAAAAGAUGAAUAUUUGACUUUGAUGGAUUCUGAUGGAAAUAUAAGAGAGGAUUUUAAGUUAUUCAGUUUUCAAGAAAUUGAUUAAUUAAUUAAGGAUUUAAGAUAAAUUUUAAAGGAAGAUAGGAUAGAAUGCUAUUUAACUCUUGGAUAGUUUAAAGAUGAAUAAGAAUUUAUUUUAGAUGUAACUGAAGGAGAUUAAGUUUGA